AUGCUUAAUAACCUCACCGCGACAGCUUUAGGAGGUCACAAAGAGCAGUGCUCAGAGAGCAAGCUCGAGCUCAAGCCGAGCGUGGAGCGGCACCAUGCGCCCGCGCGGCUCCUCGCGCACUCCAUACGAGCCGACCACCUGCAAGUGGAAGAUAUAGAAGAGGCUAUUGAGAACCUUAAUAAAAUCAUACAUGAAGCAGCCGCUAGUUCCACAAAAGUGCAAGAAAAAUUACCGCUAAAAAACAAAUACCCGAAAAUGAUCAAAGACAAAAUAUUGGAACGUCGUCACCUAAGAAAAGUAUGGCACGAAACUGGAUACCCCACAGACAAAACAGCGUUCAACAGAUCUUCGGACGAACUAAAAGACCUCAUUAAAAGUUUUACCAACAAUAACCUUCAAAAUUUCCUUUCUAACUUGACCCCAAGUUUAGACACAAAUUACUCACUAUGGAAGGCAACACAGAAAUUAAAACGUCCCAAUUAUCAAAUCCCUCCUAUCAGACAAAUGAUGAUAGCAACAAUCAUUUUUUUCUGGAUCGAGUUUUAUGGGAGUGUUGUUGCAGGCGGCAUCCACCAGCAGCACAGUGGGCACAUGUCCACAGUGCCCGUCAGCAUGUCCUCUUCAGCAUCAGACAGCGACAAGCCAGCUAAGCAGAAAAGGCAUAGAACUAGGUUCACGCCGGCACAACUAAACGAGUUAGAACGAUGCUUCACGAAGACUCACUACCCAGAUAUUUUUAUGCGAGAAGAAAUCGCGAUGCGCAUCGGCCUUACAGAGAGCAGGGUGCAGGUAGGUCCAUUGCCU